GUUAUCAAUGCAUCGUCUACUCCUCAAAAUUUAUUUGGUGAUGCAAAUAAUAUUAGUAACAAAAUUGGAUGUAAAAAUAGUGUUAAUAUGGAUCUAACGGCUGCAUGUACAGGUUUUAUUUUUGCUUUUGUUACAG